AUGUCCAACAUCCUGCCUCUGCACCACGCGUACUACCCCUCGCGCCAGUCGUCGCUUUCCAAACCAGUCAACCCCGUACAGGCAGCCUCCACGUCCUCGUCUGCAGCCACGAUCCGCCCACAGUCGAACGUACAAUCGCAACCACAAGCGCAGCACAUAGCAAUGAGCGGGAACGCAAGCCAAGGGCCCGGGCUGCGGUAUCCUUCGAACAAGAAGAGCAUAUACGAUAGGAACCUGAAUCGUAGCAAGAAUGCCGAACUUAGUAGAGCGGCGUUUGCAUACCUCUUCAUUGAGAUGAUUGCAUAUGCGCAAAAGGGCGCAAAGGAUGUGGGGGACUUGGAGCAGAGACUGAACACCCAAGGCUACCCCAUCGGUCUCCGUCUACUUGACCUUCUCCUUUCCCGCACCGCCAACCCCCUCGCUAGUAUUCGGCCCACACGUAUCCUGCCUCUGCUGCAGUUCAUCGCACAGCAACUAUACCGCUACCUCUUCGGUCGCCCCGCCGACGCGUUAGAAAAGUCUGGUACCGAUCCCGGACAGUACAUGCUCUUCGACAACGACCCUAUGGUCAACCAAUACAUAAGCUUGCCCAAGGAACUGUCAAGUCUGAAUUGUGCGGCCUUUGUGGCGGGCAUAAUUGAGGGCGUGUGCGACGGCGCAGGCUUCCCAACCGAGGGUGUAACGGCGCAUAGUGUAGGCGACGAAGAAGGCAAGGAUGGGAAGGGACUGUGGCCGGGGAAGACGGUCUUUUUGAUCAAGUUCAAGCCUGAAGUACUGGAAAGGGAAGAGAUACUUGGCAGAGGUGGGGGCUGA